AAAGUCAAAGCAGAGCUCUUAGCAGCAAGCCAGCAAAACGAGGCGCUGAGACAAGAAAUUCAGGAGCUCAGGAGAAGACCCCAAAAUGAAGCCUCUUUGGAGGAAUUGUGUAAUGUCAUUAAGGAGGAAACAGAGGCCAUGAGGCUACAAAAUUACAGCAUACAAGAGGAAAUCCAGAAGCUCAAAGAAAAGCGUAGAAAUUUAACUGCUCUGGAUGAAACGUAUGACACACUGAAAGCAGAGAAAGAGGCGAUAAGCCAGCAAAAUGACGACCUGAGACAAGAGAUUCGGGAGAUAUCCAAAGAUCUCCGAUAUGAAAAGGCUCUGCGGGAAAUGAAUGAGCAAAUGGAAGUUUCCAAAGUGACCAUCAGCCAGCAGAACGCAGCGCUGAAAGAACAACGCCAGCAGCUCUACAAAGAUUAUGAAGAUCAAAAGAUUUUCGGUGUCAUGUGUAGGGAGAAGUUGCACAACAUGGAAUUUAUGUGCAAAGAAAAUGAAGAAUACCAAAAAGACGUUGAGGACCUUACCAGUAGCAUCCAGAACAGAAAAGCCAUGAAAGACAAAUAUAAAGCCCUGAAAGCAGAAGAAAAAGUUGUCUCUGCAAAACAAAAUGAGCUUCUUAAAACACUUGCAACGCUCCACUCAAAGUUUCGAGGUAUGAAAGAAUAUGAAGGCAAGUGUGGUCCGCUGAGAGCGCAGAUAGGAGCCUUAAGACAACGCAACGAUGAACUCCAUCAAGAAAUCCAACAGUGCAGUGAGGAGAUAGAAAACAAAACUGUUACAAAGGCAAUUUGUGACUCACUGAAAGGAGAGAAAAAGAAUCUAACGCACAGAAAUAAAAUCCUGAAAAAAGAAAUUCAGGAGGUGGAGAAAAGGCUUGUAAAGGAACAAGCUUUGGUAGACAGGAAUGAUGUCAUGAAAGAAGAAAACGAAGCCUUGAUCCAACAAAACCACACAUUACAGCUGGAGGUUGAAGAGCUCUACGGCAGACUGCAAAGUGAAAAAAUACUGGAGGUCCUGUACAAAUCGCUGACAACGGAAAAAGAUGCCACGAGUCGAAGAAAUGAUGUACUUCAACGAGAGGUCCAGAAGCUCAAAGAAAAGCUGAACAGUGAAAGAGCUUUAGAAAGUGCACGCAAUGCAAUGAAGGCUGAGAAACAGAAGGUCGACCGAGAGCACGCAGCCCUGCAGCAAGAAAUUCAAGACCUGAACAGCUCCUGAAGAGCUAUAUGGAAAGCUGACAUACAUUGUUUUUGCUUUCCAAGGGAAAAAAGGGUAUGGAUUUAACUUCAGCCUCACACAAAAGGGUGCUGGUUUAAUUUCUGGGCCUGACUCUUUUUGUGUGGAGUUGGAUUUUCUCCCCUGUGUGAAUGUGUGUGAGUGGUUGUUUGUUUCUAUGUGCCCUGUGUUGGACUGGCGACCUAUCCAGGUUGUACCCGGCCUCUCACCUAAUGUCAGCUGGGAUUGGCUCCAGUCGAGCAUAUGGAUGAAACUUCAGCCUCACACAAAAAGGUGCAGGUUCAAUUCCUGGGCCUGACUCUUUUUGUGUGGAGUUGGAUUUUCUCCUCAGGUUGACCUAAAAAUACCAAACCACCAAGUAAAAGAGGAGCGGCACAGUGGCGCAGUGGUUAGCACUGUCGCCUCAGAGCAAGAAGGUCCAGGGUUUGAACCUUGGUCAUCUGCGUCUCUGUGUGGAGUUCAUAUGUUCUCCCGUGUCUGCGGGUUCUCUCCGGGUGCUCCGGCUUCCCCCCACAUCAUAAAUCAUUUAUUAUGUAGAUUCUGAAUUGAUCUAAAAAUACCAAACCACCAAGUAAAAGAGGGGCAGCACAGUGGUCGCAGUGGUUAGCACUGUCGCCUCAGAGCAAGAAGGUCCAGGGUUUGAACCUUGGUCGUCUCUGUGUGGAGUUCAUAUGUCUCCCCGUGUCUGCGCUCGGGUGCUCCGGCUUCCCCCCACAUCAUAAAUCAUUUAUUAUGUAGAUUCUGAAUUGAUCUAAAAAUACCAAACCACUAACUAAAAGAGGGGCGGCGCAGUGGUUAGCACUGUCACCUCAGAGCAAGAAGGUCCAGGGUUUGAACCUUGGUCGUCUCUGUGUGGAGUUCAUAUGUUCUCUCCGGGUGCUCCGGCUUCCCCCCACAUCAUAAAUCAUUUAUUAUGUAGAUUCUGAAUUGAUCUAAAAAUACCAAACCACCAACUAAAAGAGGAGCGGCACAGUGGCGCAGUGGUUAGCACUGUCGCCUCAGAGCAAGAAGGUCCAGGGUUUGAACCUUGGUCGUCUCUGUGUGGAGUUCAUAUGUUCUCCCCGUGUCUGCGUGGGUUCUCUCUGGGUGCUCCGGCUUCCCCCCACAUCAUAAAUCAUUUAUUAUGUAGAUUCUGAAUUGAUCUAAAAAUACCAAACCACCAAGUAAAAGAGGGGCAGCACAGUGGUGCAGUGGUUAGCACUGUCGCCUCAGAGCAAGAAGGUCCAGGGUUUGAACCUUGGUCGUCUCUGUGUGGAGUUCAUGUGUCUGCGUGGGUUCUCUCCGGGUGCUCCGGCUUCCCCCCACAUCAUAAAACAUUUAUUAUGUAGAUUCUGAAUUGAUCUAAAAAUACCAAACCACUAACUAAAAGAGGGGCGGCACAGUGGCGCAGUGGUUAGCACUGUCGCCUCAGAGCAAGAAGGUCCAGGGUUUGA